CAGAAGUGCAAGGCCAGGCGAGAGACGAGAAGCCGAGAGCAGAGGAGGGAGAGAGUGAGUGAGUGAGAGAGAGAGGAGGAUUUCGGUGGUAGGACCCUGUAGGAACGAAAGACUUAAAGCGAGUUCCGGUUUCCACUUGAGGGAGCCCGAUGUCAUGCUCUGCGUGAUUGCGAUUAUAUUUGAGUUUCGGAGGGCCUGGGGAGAGAAGUGGGAAGAGUCUGAAGAAAGAGAGAGAGAGAGAGAGAAGAUACGAGAAGAGGCCGUGCGAAGGUGUAGAGGAGGGGGAGGGCGUGGGGAGGGGAGAAAGGAACACUCGCAGUGCCGAUCCGGCAGCAGCAAUGCAGGCGAGGGCAGUGUUUCGUUGGUGAUAGAUAUCUAUAGAAGGAGAGGGAGCAGCAGCAGAAGGGGGGGGGGGGGGGGGGGGGGAGGUAGAAGAGACAAGAUGUCAGUUCCGAAGACCGUCCCUCGACAGUGGGACCGACAGCUGGGGAAAUUUCUGUCAGAGCGCAUCGAGUUAGUUGUGGUUACACUCGUCGCGAAGAAUUUUUCUGCUUCGACCUCAUAAAUGGGUCGACUUGUUGGCCUGCUGUGCAGUCAUUGCGUUAAAAGACAACUUGUGCCGGUUGCAGCGUAAGAUUGAAACACCUCGCGCAACUGGAGACCUAGAGAGCCUCCGACCCCCGACCCCCCCCGAGCGCGCGCCCAGAGGCCGAGGUGGUUAGAGAGAGGGAGAGAGAAAAGCGACACGAACGAACAAACGCACCCCCCCUUCCCUUCCCCUUCCCUUCCCUUCCUUCCCCUAGGCCGCACCACACCAACGGAACUGUGACCCCCCGCCCUGAGCAGCGAGGUUUUUCUGGACACCCAUCCUUCUCCUGUCAGUAGAAUACAGUCGUAGCGUAGCACGAGAGAGACGGAUAGAGAAGGGAGGGGGCGGCCGGGCGAGCGUGAGGCGUGGCGAUGGGAGCGAAGCUCAAAUCCUUUUCUUUCUUUCUUUUUGACACGUCCCGCUCACUGACCCACUCACUGGCUGAUUACGAUUUAGCCCGGGCGAUGGGUGAGAUUGUCACACUCACUCACAACCCUCGUCUCCCCGCGGGCGUUCCGACUUUCUUCAUCGAAGGGCACACUCGGUUGGGGUCGCGAGCUCGAGCGACAAUUUUGUGAAUCGAUCUGCCGCACCUCCUCUCUCCGACUGCAGCCCGUUUCGAGAUCCGAGGACUUGCUCGACGCGACUAAUUGGGGAGGCCAGACUGCACUUGCCUGGCUCCCUGUAUGCCAACUGAGGAGCUCCUCAGAGACCUUGACAGGCUCCGUAGCUGGCAUUCAGGGGGCCAUGCAGGAGAAGUCGCUACCUCCCGCAAGGACGUUAGUCGCUCAGUGAGUGUUCUACAGCUGGUGGAGUACACAAAAAUGAAGCUCUCCGAAGCUCGUUCCAGCUCGUUGUCAGAUGUGUUGCAUUGGCACCGACCGAUUCUCGCAAAGCAACAAGCUAUCGUACGACGAGUGUACACCCAAAUAUGCCGGAGUACAUCACUGUUGCACAUUCGAUUAAUUCAAGCAGAACUGUCCAAGCGGCAGCACCAGAUCAAAAGCUGCAGCUGCAAGAUGGUACACUUCUGCGAGGGCUGCGGUUUUCCAUGCGAAGUCUAGGUCUGGCACCAACUACUGUAGUGCUAACCAAUACUCAAGUCUUUCCUGCAUAUGAGGAAUAUUGAGAUAUUGGCUACCAGCUUUUGAGAAACCCAUUCAGGUGUUGUGGUACUUCCCCGACAAUGCGUCGACUGCCCGUAUUAUUGGCUCGGAUCUACGGAGCUACAAAUGCUUGUCAUGUGACGCUCAUCGGUUUUUUUCACCCUAGCUCUGAUCACAAAUUGAAUGACUCGUCAGUCACUGGUGAUCUCAGGUGGACAAGGCUGCAAUGGCUGCCUUUCAGAUUUCCAGGGAUGUGAAAGGAUCACAGAAGUGCAGACGCACCUCUGCUUCCAAGGAUCGCGCUGCUGUUGGUCAUUAAAUCCACAUGGCUCGUGGUUCGUGAAGGAAGAUUCGGUUCUGAUCAAACAUAUCUCAACAUUAUACAGUGACCUAAGGCCGUGCAUUAUUGAUUCACUUCUGCUCAGUCAGUUAUUACAGUGAAAGCGGUCUGGGACAAUAAUUAUUCCAGAUACCGCUUUGUUUACGGUGUCGAGAACUGCCAGGUUUUAGCAGAAGAUUCUCUCCUAGUGAUUAGGACCUCGAAACUUCCAAGUAUAUUGCUUACAGCUUUACAGGUCCAUGCCGAUUUGAACACCCGUCACAGUUACUUCUCUAUCAGAAUACACCACUCUCACCCGUGUACAUUAAAUGUAGAUGUUGAUUUUACUGUACUAGCUCCAGAUCAUAUCUAUAUUAGGAGGGAGGAAGAGUUUAGGGAGGAGAACUCAUGGACGCUAUGAGCGUCUACCUUCGUGCUCUAAAUGAGAGUCGAAGAUGGUUAUAGAGCUUGCUCUGAAGUACAUGCUGACGCUUGGAUCAGCUAGUAAAGGGCCC